CAUUCCCCUAUCCCCCUAAGUAGAUCUUGGCAGACAGUUUUAAAAUUGUAUUUCUGAACUAGAACAAAGCACAACAAUCAUCUUACAGUCUGGGAUUACAGGUCAAAUACAAGAAUCACAAUGGAGGAGAAUGGCAAAUACACAUAUAAUGAUUAUUACAACAAUAGCCAGGAUUAUGUCAAUUACAAAAAUGACAAUGUCAACACUACUGAAGAGGAUGCUGCUUUCAUAAACAUUCAUGGAUUCUAUAUCUUCUACCUGGCGGUCAGCAUCCUCAUCUUCCUGAUUGGGGUUCCUGGGAACAGCCUGGUCAUCUGGAUCACUGGUCUCAAGAUGAAGAAGACUGUCAACACCACCUGGUACCUCAGCCUGGCCGUGUCAGACUUAAUAUUCUGUGUCACCUUUUCACUUUUUCACAUCAUCCUCAUUGUUACAGGGGGGUCCAUCUUGGGGGUUUUCAUGUUUAACUUCACCAUUGCUCUGAUAUUCAUCACCAUGUUCAGCAGCAUCUUCCUCCUGGUCAUCAUUAGUGUUGAUCGCUAUGUGUGGGUGGUGUUUCCAGUCUGGGCUCAGAACAACCGUACCAUCGACAUGGCCUCUAUUGUGGUGAUCCUGGCCUGGGUUUCAUCUGUUGCCCUCACCACUCGUUAUAUGUUUGUGGGUGAAAAAGACAUGGAGAAGAUAAUCUUGAGUCAGUUCAUUGGUGGCUUUGCAGUGCCCUUCCUCAUCAUCUUCUUCUGUUACUGUGUAACUAUCCUGAGACUGAGAACCAGACAAAUGAUGAACGUGUCCUCCAAGUCCCUCAGAGUAAUGACUGUCCUGAUCACCAUGUUCUUUAUCUGCUGGCUGCCCUUACAUGUCUUCAUGCUGUUAGAUCAGUACCACAUAUAUUCCAGCCCAGAGGUCAUAAUACCUGGACUACUGGUCGCAAUAAUGUUAGCCACAGUCCCCAGUUUCCUCAGACCAGUGUUGUAUGUUUGCAUGGGGAAUAACGUCCCACCGACACUCAAGAGGUCCAUAGUUGGUAGGAUUGAGAAUGUCCUUGGAGAGGAAGACCCCCCCACCACCAGCCAUGAAACAUCCACACAUCUCUAAAACUCUCUGAGGAUGAUAAGGCCUCAGGGGCUGUGGAACACAGUGUUGUUAAGCAAUGCUUAACUUUGGUGACAUUUCUAUUAUAAAUGUAUGUUUUCUUUUGAAGGCCUGCAUUUAAAUAACUGCACAACAAGUUUGCUUUUAAAGUGGUUGAGGGUUAACCCGAGAUUGAUGGUAUCUCUUUUUGCUAAUUGUAUAAAUAUUACCUUAAUGAAGAAUGGAAUUUGUCUACAUAAUAAAACCAUACAGCUCACAUAUCCAUAUUUACCUUACAAGACAGCCAUCCAGUGGUCUCUUCAUGGUCUCCAAAUGUAAAAAAGUCACAGUAAAACAGUAGAUAACAGAGACAUGAUCACAGAAACUCCCUACCACACUGCAUUAAUCAAGCAAACAGACAGAUUACCAUUAAAAGACACUUAAUAGGUUUGUGCAUUUUGCGGGGUUUGCUUAUUCUCAGAUCUGUAUACAUUUUAUUCAGCAAGUCUUCCAAUAGCGUAAGAGAAACAGGAACUGGUAAUUGGUAUAUUCGGACUGGAGGGAGGAUGUGCUGCAAUCUACAGCUUUUUGUUUUUCUAUAUAUUUUAGCACAUUUUUGAGUUGGUCUUUAUAAAUUCCAUGGCGUCUACACAAUGUGUGCCAUGACAACAAAAGAGUACCCAACAUAAAACCCUACUUCACCUUCCUCUCUCUCCCACUUUUACAGUUGACUCUCACUUCCUGUCCUUCCGUCAAGUCUCCUCCCACCAAUAAUAAUAGUAUGUUGUCAUCACCCCUCUCCCUCCUUCUUCUCCCAGCCUCCAGCUGUUUCCUUCAUCAGUAACCACUCCCACCCUCCAUCUGUUUCCUUCAUCAGUAACCACUCCCACCCUCCAGCUGUUUCCUUCAUCAGUAACCACUCCCACCCUCCAGCUGUUUCUUUCAUCAGUAACCACUCCCACCCCUGUACUGUAAGUUAUGUCAUGAGUGUUAAAGCAGAGGUGUGGAAGAUUUAAAAAAUAUUUUUUUGAUUGUUUCUAAAAUAAUCUCAAUUAAUGUCUGCUGUUAUUGCUUUGUCCAAAUAAUGUGAUGUUUUCAAGAUUGUCUCUCAGGAUCAAUAUAAAUAUUUCCAUGUGUUUCCUUAUUUGCUGUGCCAUUUUGCUUGUCUCUUAUAGAAAAAAAUAUUUUGCAUUUGCCGAUCAAGGACAAACUGCAUCAACAAAGAGGAACAGUGAUGGAAAGCACAGCAUUGAAGGUUUGAAUGUUGGUCAAAGAAACAUAAAACCUGGUCCCCUGAACAAUGGAGAAAAGCAUUAUGUUCAGAUAUCCCACUGGACACAGUUCAGGACUACUAUAACUGCAUUCCAAAAAGGAUUGGAUCUGUUCUCAAGGCAAAGGGAGCCACUACUCCUUAUUAGGUCCUUGAAAUUAAUAUAUUGUUAGGUGUUUAUGUCCACCCACUGUUUGUACUGUUAAUUGACCAUCAACCUAAUGUGACCUCUGCAGAUGUGUUUGGGAUUUAGAAACUUCAAAGUAUCAGUCCUUUUCCAUGUGGUGUUUCUGUUAUUUUGAGUACCCCUGUAUAAGUAAAUGCCUUUUCUCAGAAAGACAGGAUGGGCUGUGACAUUCAAUGGCGACCUUAGACAUUUAAAUGCUGAUUCUGUAUCUUAAAGACUACUAAUCUCCAUUGCAGAAUCUGGCCAUUGGUCACAUUCUUACAUCAUGGUAAAAGACCAGAUUCUAACAUUCAGCCCAAUAUUGAGUCAGUAAUCCAUGGAUGAGUCAAUAAUCACUGGAUGAGGCAGUAAUCCAUAGAUGAGGCAGUAAUCCAUUGAUGAGUCAGUAAUCCAUUGAUGAGUCAGUAAUCCAUGGAUGAGGCAGUAAUCCAUGGAUGAGGCAGUAAUCCAUAGAUGAGGCAGUAAUCCAUGGAUGAGGCAGUAAUGCAUGGAUGAGGCAGUAAUGCAUGGAUGAGGCAGUAAUCCAUAGAUGAGUCAGUAAUCCAUGGAUGAGGCAGUUAUCCAUGGAUGAGGCAGUAAUGCAUGGAUGAGGCAGUAAUCCAUAGAUGAGUCAGUAAUCCAUGGAUGAGUCAGUAAUCCAUGGAUGAGGCAGUAACCCAUGGAUGAGGCAGUAAUGCAUGGAUGAGGCAGUAAUCCAUAGAUGAGUCAGUAAUCCAUGGAUGAGGCAGUAAUCCAUGGAUGAGGCAGUAAUCCAUAAAUGAGGCACUGCCACAUGUCAAAUCAAAUUCAGCAGUCUAUGGAACCCAGAGAAACGUCUACACUGUAUUCCUGAUAAAUUUGAUGUUAUUUUAAUGGACAAAAUAUUGCUUUUCUUUCAAAAACAUUUCAAUUUCUAUGUGGCCCCAAGUUAUUGAACGGUAUUCUACCUAAAGAAAAUAAUGUACACUACUAAAAAAGAAAUUCUGACAACCAAUAGUACUUGGUACAUUUAAAAAGAUCAUGAGACAGGAAACAGUUCCAUUUCACAAACUUAAAGGUAUAGUUCAACCUAAUUGCUUCUUUGAUAACUAAAUUUAGGUAAGAUGCAUUUCCCCCAAACAUGAAUAUAGGUCAAACUGUCAAUUUAAGAAAUCUCACUGUUCAUCCCUGCUGCCUCUGAUCUUGUGGAAUAUGUGCAAUAAGGAUGGUUGGAGUUUGUGCACUGUCUGAGUUUAUUUAUAAAGGAAUGAAGAAAUAUAUCAAAUCAGUCAAAAAAUAUUUUUUAUAUAAGAUAAUAAAAGUUAACAAAACUUGUUAAAUACAUCUGUUUGGAAACCCAGAUUAGGGAAUCUUUAUUCAUCUAUAUAACUGGAUAUUUCCCCACCCCAUUGAAUACCUGUCAAUCUGAAGUGUGUCUGAUAAUCUUUCCUUUAUCUGUUUUAGUGAAAGUCUGCCCUCUUCUGGGUGCUCGGCAGAAUGCACCAUGUCAAGGUGGUGAAGGUCUCUGUUCAUUGGUACGUUUGCUGGUCACUCAUGAGAGUGUUCUGUAUGGAAUCCCAGGAAUGACAAAUGUCAAUAAAAUGUCAUGACAGUGAUCUGGGUACUUUAGGCUAGUGAUGGCCAAACUAAGUUUCAUUAGUGUAAUUUUAGCGGCAGGAUGUUAUGCUGGCAGCCCUCAGCUUUUCCAAUAAAAGCCAUAAGUCCAAUAAAAGCCAUAAUUUAUAUUUAUAAGGCCAUAUAGUUAAAAAUCUAGUCUGUAAAAACAUAAUCUGAGUUAGAGCUGCUAGCACAAUAUCGUGCUGCUAGAAAAACAUUAAUGAACGCAAGAAUGGCCAUCACAACUUUAGGCAAUAUUUUUAUAUUAAGAAUUAAGUCAAAUAAAUGUUAACACUUUUUUUAUUUUUUCUAUGAUGUGAGAAGCCUGAACUAAAGCUCAAACAUUCAAUGAAAAGGUUAUUGGUGUAUUCCUAAACGUUAGCCCAACUUGCAUAUAGUGUCACAUGUUUCUGUAGGCCUUACUUGUAAAUGUCCAGUUUAUCCUCUCGUCCUUACGUAUUCUGUUGAAGGCCUAGUUCUACCCUAUCAAUGCUUUCAGUAGAACCAGGGAAUCUGGCUUAUACUCUUUGUAAUAAACUCUUUAUAAAUGGUUUAUAGGGUAAUCUGGCCCUCCAAGUAUUUCUUUUAAUCAUUUUUUCCAAUAUAAAAAGUACUUUUUACAUUGCACUGUUAGGAGAAUAUAACACCAAU